GCGCCGGUGGAACCGUUGUCUGCACUUGUCUGGCAACGUCAUUCUGAUUUGAUGUUUUUUUAGUUUUCUGCUAGAACACAUGUGUCAAAUGCUAGCAAAGGAAAAUAGGCAAAAUUAAAUCUAUUCCAAAUCCACUUAAAAAUACGUUACUAAAAUGUUCACUCUCCAAUUAGGAAUCGCUCGAUUUGCUUUGCCUACUGUAAGAAUUGUUUCACGGUUUGUCUCUGCCCAACCACGACAAACUUGGCUAAAAAAUUCUUGCAUCAGCUCCACUUUGCCCUUGAAACUCUCUCCAAAUACGAAAUGUUUCAGCAUCUCAUCUUUCCAUUAUCAAAAUACAAGCGAACCAUUUAAACAAAAGCCCUCUUUGGCAAAGAAAAAGUCAGAACGUAAAAGGAGGACUAUAAUUGAAGAUGAACAUCAAAUUUCUAGCAACCCGCAAUGGGAGGUUAUAGCCUACAGUACAGCUGAAGAAUAUGAUCUGAAGAAACUAAUGCAGGGACUCCAACAGCAAGCACUUUAUCAUCCAUCAUCUAUGUCUGAAGAUAUUCACGAUGUAUUACACGUUUCUGCCCGCUACCAAGUGGACCGUGAACCCAGGGAAAUAUACUUUUUCCGAGAAGGAUCCGUCGUAUUUUGGAAUGUAUCAGAAUUGGAGCGCAAGAACGUUUUGUUAUUUCUCAAAAAUUAUGAAGAUGAUAGCUAUGACAAAGAUAUUGUUGCUGAAGGAAAUGAGAAAAUGGUUUAUGCUUACACUGAAGUCUUCAACAAAACGCGCCUGACAAAUGGGCGCAUUCUGUUAAACGAUGAAGGAUCCACCGACUUGGAAAAGUACACUUUCUCAAAUGCCUUAGCCCUGUCGGUAAAGCUGGCCACAUGGGAAGCUUCACUGGAUAAGUAUGUUGACUCGAUCGAGUUUGUUGUUGAGGACUUGAAAGAAGUUGGUAGGAUUCAAUUAUCGCGCUCUGAUGUCCUAAAAAAGCAAGGAGAACUUUUUUCUUUGAGGCAUUUGAUAAAUCUGAGCUCAGACUUACUAGAUACGCCCGACUUUUAUUGGGAUCGUGAGAACCUGGAGACUCUUUAUCACAAAACUUGCAAUCAUUUAAAUAUCUCCAAAAGGACCAAGGUCAUGAACGAGAAAUUGAAUCACUGUGUUGAACUCGUUGAAUUACUAUCUCGUCAACUCACUGACGCCCAUCAUACUCGUCUAGAAUGGAUGAUUAUUGCUCUUAUUACGGUCGAAGUGGGCUUUGAAGUGGUCCACCUUUUUCAUUCUUAAUUCAUAUGUAUGAAUGAAUAUUUUUCUCUGCGAUUUAGUUUCUACUAAGGACAAUUUUGCAACGGGUAGUAUACUACUUUUACGUCGGUUGUAUAGUGUUUACAGGCGUGCUUAGCUUUAUGCCAUCUGUACAUAAGUAUUUGGAGCCAUCUUUAAAAAAUUGCGGUGUUUUCCGUUUCUUUUUUGGUAUAUCUUCAGAAAAUAGAAUAAAAAUGCGAA